GACCCCCUUUCCCAGUACAUGUGCCGCGUGGACGCGUUGAGAAAAGCGCCUGUGUCAGAGAAGAGCGCAGGGGGGCGCGUACACACACACACACACACACACACGGUCCAUCGUGUCAUUACUGGAAUAUGUACUCUGCUGUCUUCCUUCCAGUGCAGAGCUAAAGACCAAGUGUGUGCAGGCGGGGAUCCGAAACAGAGGAGCGACUGUUGAGUGGGCCGGGACUGCAAGAGGGUUUCAAAGGGAAUGAGUGAAUGAUGUGGAAAGAAGUUGGUCAGAGAAGUGUAAGUGUUUUAUGGUUCAUGUAAGUGGCAUUUUAAUGAACGGGGAGAGACUGAUGCGCGUUGAGAAGCGUACUGAGGAUCUAGGAGGAGCCGGUCUGGCUGAGUUUCUGUAAAAGGCAUGCAGCCGAGCAGAAGAAUGGAUGGAGAUGCUUGUCAGGACGCCCAACACAGCCGGUCAAUGCACAGACGGAGGUCAUCUAAAAACAAGGCCCCUCUUCCUCCAGCAGUGGUGUCUUCUCGUGCCCCUGCAGUAACACACACUACCAUGGAACAGGAGGAAAACAUGCUGGAGAAAGAACUGUUACUGACAGUUGUGCUGCCUGAGGGAGUGGAGAAGACCACAAUGGUCCAUGCCAGUAAGCCUAUGAUUGACUUGCUCGUUAUGCUGUGUGCAAAGUACCACCUCAACCCAUCAGGCCACACUAUUGAGCUGGUCUCUGCCAACAAGAACCACAUUAAAUUCAAGCCCAAUGCUCUUAUUGGAACUCUGGAGGCUGAGAAAGUUCUGCUCAAGCCCAAAGGCAUGGAAGACAAGAAUAAGAAAACUGGACCACAAAUGCCAGAGGCUACUGUACGUCUAGUAAUAAACUAUAAAAGGACCCAGAAGACAAUUUUGCGAGUGAACCCUAAGCUCGCUCUGCAGGAGCUGCUCCCCGCGAUCUGUGAGAAAUGUGAAUUUGAUGUGCAGAGCACCGUGCUGCUGCAGAAUGUCCACUCACAGGAGCCUUUGGACCUGAAGAACUCCCUCAAUGACCUCUGCCUCAGGGAGCUCUACGCCAGAGACACACGGGUUAUCAGUCCAACAGACUUCCCUCCAUCGCCAACUCAUUCAGAUGUUAUGCAACCUGGCAAGGACAAACUCCAGAAAGAAAAAGAAAAUAAAGGACUGUUUGGCAUGUUCAGAAGAGGAAGCAAGAAGAAACCUGAUCAGGCAUCAACUGUGAGUGCACCAGCAUCCCCAACCAACAGGAAAUCAAGACCCAUGAGCAUGAGUUCAUUCAGCAUCCAUUCUUCAACGUACGACUCGAACACUAUGCCGUCCGACACACCGAAGAAGAGACGGGCCCCUCUGCCUCCACAGAUGCAGCCCUCUGACCUCAGCCAUAACAACGGCAACUCUCAAACUAUCAGUCAUGCUGAUGGCAACCAGGUUGUGCCAUCCCUGGGUCGAAGUUUAUCUACCGAAUCAUCUCUGAAAAGGAGUAAGAGAAAGGCUCCACCACCCCCAACCUCUCCCAGCAGCCUCUCGGUGACCCAGGAUGAAAAAACACAGGAUACAACUGUAACAGGGUUGACAAAAAAAGAGGUCCAAGACAAUCAGGAGUCUCCUAUGGUUCCGGACGUUCCUGUACACUCCAGUCCUGAUGAGAGCUUAUGUCCUUUGCCAGAACUUCUGGAGGAUGACAGCAGCGUCAACAUUUCUGUUGACGUGUCUCUGGACUCUGGCAGAGCAGAAACUGCCUCCCCGACUCAGGAUUCAGAGAUGGAAAGUGUAGCUCCACCUAGGGGGAGCUCACAAGAAGUUUCAUCUGAUCUGACCACAGAUGGCAAGCUGGCGACAGACACUGAGGUCAACAGAAAUCUUACUGAGACUGAUUCCAAUACCCUGUUAAAGUCAACAAACAAUGCCAAUUUUGAUGGGAAGACUGAAACGGCAUGUUUAACUGCUGAAUGUUCUACAGUGAUGAAGGAAAAGAGCACUGCACCACUGGAUGCAGCUCAGAAUUCUAUACAGCAAGUCACACACACUCAGCAAGCAGAGCCACAGGUUCCAACUAAGCCUAGUUAUGCAGUAGCUGCAGUACAAACAACGCCUAACGCUUUUUUCACUGCAACUAGUGAUAGCCAGACACACACUGAAAUUCAAACAGAGAUAUGCAGCUCUACUGAAUUUAUACAUGUCCCGGAGUCAGUUGUCUCUACAUCUGCAACUUUAUGGAGCCCAAAACGAGACAUGGGCACAUCUACAGAAGAGUUCCAAACACAAGAAAUUCGGCCAACCUCUACGCAAAAUUUUAAUAUACAGGCAUGCACAUCCACUCAACUCCCUGAAAUCCCAAAAGCCAUUCAGACUCCCAAUCUUAAAAAUCAAAAGUCCACACAGAUUUACUCAGCAACUAAACCUGGAAGUCUACAGUACUAUGUUGCCUCUGAGCCAAAGCCCUCAAACGAACUCACCCGUGAUUACAUCCCUAAAGUAGGCAUGACCACCUACACGGUUGUGCCUCCGAAGUCCUUGGACAAGCUGCGCUUUUUUGAGGUGGAGCUGACGCUCGAAGCUCCCAGUGUGCCUGGAGUUCAGGAAGUGAAUGUGGAGACUUUAAGUCAAAAAGCUACAGCAACAGUGCCAGCAGCAGAGGCAUCUCCCACCAGAUUUGAGCGCAGGCUUGAUAGUGCCAGUGAUCUCUCUCCGUCAAUUUCCCCAACUGCUAAAUCUCCUUCAGACUCCUCACAUACUCCUCAGACCAAGGAGAAGAAAGUUCCACCUGCAACCAGGCCCAAACCAGCUUCCUUCCGCUUACCGCCAAACAAAAAAACACCUGGAAGUUACGUCAACUCGGCAGUGGUGCGCAGUAGGAGUUUAAGUGAGGAGAAAGAACCACUAGCUAGCCCGCAAAGAGAAAGUUUCCAUGGGCCUCUGCAGGAGACCUUUCCCCCUCCUCCACCACCCAUCCAGUGGGAGAAGGAGACGAAGACUACUGAGGAGCAGCACAUUUCUCCACCAACAUCUCCACUAAAGCAGAAGGACAUGGAAAGCUCUAGUCCAGCUGCCUCUCCGAGGGAGACGAAAGUGUUUGGUGGCUCAGCGCAUUCGCUUUUGGCCCGCCAAACGAGUUUACCGACUGCUGGUCUGACUCUGGAAAAGCUGCGGAGUUUUGCAGCACCAAAACCAUUCACCUCGUCCACACCAUCACGCUUUGCCCAGGCUGUCAAUACUGCAGUCAAGAGAUCUCAGACUAUUAGCCACAAUCCUGCUAGGCUGUGCAGCCACAAGGUGCCUUUGUCAAUGACCAAACGUUGUGCGAUCAGCGAGACAGAUGAGUUUGUUGAAUUACCCACUUUCAGGGAUGUGGACAGUGGGCAUGGACAGAGAAAGAGCAGCAGUGACUCCUAUGCUUCUCCAGUUGAUGAAAACGAGGAUGUGUGGAAAAGGAGAACACCUGAACUCUCUCCAAAUAGCGGACCUACCGCUCACUGCAUCUGAGAAAGUUUGGUGUUUUCUGUGAUGUCUCCACUUCUGAAGACUUUGCCUGCACAGGAACAGAGUAUUUAACCACUUCUUUAGCUUUAACCUUUAUCUCACCUGAGUGCUUUAAUGAUCAUGUUUUAUCUUAGUGCCUUUACCCAUUGUCCUCACCGCCAAUUCGUCUUUUUCCAUCCACUGUGAGGACAUUCCAGCUCAGUGCACCUAAACAAGGAACAGCAUAGAAAGAUCACAACUCUGUAUAUUUCUGUUUUUUUUUUUCUUUGAUUGAUUGAAUAAUUGAUUGAAUAAUUGAUUGAUUUAGUCCUCUAUGUAUGUCCAUUUCCUAUUGUUUGUUUGAAUUCCUCUCAAGGAGGUAAUGGCUGUUGAUAGAGGCUAACACAUACAAGCCAUUUGGUGUCGUGUACAUAUACAUUAUAUUCCAUCAAAUAUCUGCUAAAAAAGAGAGAUUCACAACAUGUACUUUUAGUAGCUAGUCUUACUAGCUUAUUGGUAAAUUUACAGUUGGUAGAAAAAAUCACACUCAGCUACACCUGACUUGAAAUUUAGAAACCCAUUUUCUUUAAAUUUUAAUAUAUUUUUUUUAAUCAUAUAUGUUCAGUUAUGUAAAGUCUCAUUGUGCUCAGCUGUAACUCAGUGUUAUAACUGACAUGUGCUUUACUGGAAUGCAUUGAAAAUUGUAUUUUUAUUAUUUUUAGAGAACAUUCUAUGUGUUCUAGAAUUUGGGACAUAUACAGACUUUUAGCAAGAACAGACUUUAAUGCUACUGGCAAUGUGGAAGUGUUAAUAUGGGUCUUAAUAAUUAGUCUGGUCAGCUGAAACAGGUAUGUUAGAACACAAAAGUAAAAAAUAAAAGGUGUCCUGUACUGCUGGAAACUGCCCAUGCACUCUCUUAACUGUACCUCUGUUCCCCUUUUCUAUCUACAGCAUGUCUUUGUGUGUAAAAGUGUGUAAACUCUUACUUAGCCAUAGUUCAUGCAAUAGUUGGUUAGUACAGCGAACAUCUGAUGCUUCUGAGGAAACAAGGACACUGGGUUUAAAAACAAUGUUAUGCAAGUUAUUCACAGACAAUUUUUAAAGCUUGACUACACUUGUUGCAUUUAUCAUAGUCUCAAAUGCAUUAUAUAUAAAAAAAAUAUAUCUUAUGUUCUUGUUGAUUCCUAUUGAUUCUAGAUCUGAUAUUUAAUAUGAUUUUAAUGAAUUAUGAAUAUGUUCAGAUUUAUGGAAGAUUGGGUUGUAUUAUUUGUGUGUUGCCCUUUAACUUAUUAAAUGCAGUGAGCACUGUGGUUAUCAGUUCAUGAAAAAAAAGGUACUCGAAUAAGCCAGCCUGGUGUUGCUCCAAACUUGUGUGCGCGUAUUCUGAAUGCAUAGCUUCAGUACAGCUAAACAUUACUGGUGGACAUUACAGAGCUGUACAGUAAAUGACAUGGAUCCGAAUGAAGUAAGCAGUAUGUAAUGGAAUGUCCCUGCACACAUUUAAUAAUGCAUUACACAUAUAAGGUUUCUGUGUACAAAACAUGUAUGAGGGGUGCAAAAAAAAAAGAGCAAAAAUAAAGAAUUUUGACAAAGCUGAGCAAAAAGAGAAACACACUGAUCUGCUCAGGCUUGUUUUAAAGACAGUUCUGCUGUAAAAUAUUUCCAAACUGUGCAUUAAAGUGUAAUGCAUCAACCUUU